GUCGGGGCUGGGCUCUAUAAAAAGUUAUCUCGUGGAAUUGUUUGACACACGCCUUAUCACUCAGUUUCAGAUAAGUUCUCGCACCCGCACCAGCACCAGCAGCCUGAUCCCAGUUCCCAAACCAGUACUCCGCUGCACUGUAUGAAGUGAUACCCAACUGUUGUUUGUUGCCGGCGCUCAGUGACGCCCCACUUCCCGAUUGAAUCAGUUGUGUGUUCCCGCUCAAGUCGAAUAUGGGCAUCGAAAAAUUUGUACCAUGCACCCUGAGGCUGAAUAAGCUGAUGAAAGGAAGUGGCACCGAUUGCGUUUGUGUGAUUGACCAGGAUGUUCUGCCUACAGAACUUAAGGCUACUUUCGACGAGCAUCGCUCGUUCGACAAGUCCUUCGAUAGCAGCAUCUCCUGCUUCCGAGCCGCUAAUGUGGAACAGCCUGUGGUCUACGCACCCGUGGGUGAUCUGAAUGACUACGAUGAUGUCCGAUCUUAUCAGGAGGCUGCCAAAAAAUCCAUGCAGAAGGUCCUCAAGGCUGGCUUCAACACUCCGUUGCUGUUUGUGCCCAAGGUGAAGCGCUUUCCCCAGGCAGAACUGUGCACCGUGCUCGGCGCCUUGGAGCAGCUGUAUGUUCCCAUUCAUUUACGUGAAGCCCAGCCCGGUAAGGACACCCGUGUAACCACCCUCAAUGUGCAGAUCGAUGAUCCCAAAGCGGACGAGAUUCUGCGCGAGGCUUUGAUUUUGGAAGCUGGUCGCUACGUGGCCCGCGACAUCGGCGGUGGCGACCCAGAGAGGAUGGCCCCCAGCCAGGUGGAGAAAUACGUCAAGAAUCUGUUUGACAAGCUCAGCAUGAAUGUGAUCAGCGAUUCGAAUACCCUGCAGAAGGACUAUCCUCUGUUCGCAGCCGUCAAUCGGGCUGCCGAUGUGGUGGAGCGUCACAGAGGUCGCAUCAUCUUCCUGGAAUACAAGCCUCCCAAGCCUGCCCGCAAGACGCUCAUGCUGGUUGGCAAGGGAGUAACCUAUGACACUGGCGGUGCCGAUAUCAAAGCCGGUGGUGUAAUGGCUGGAAUGUCGCGCGACAAGUGCGGAGCUGCUGCUGUCGCUGGAUUCAUGAAGGUGGUCAACGAGAUAAAGCCGGAGGAUAUACAUGUCGUUGCCGCCUUGUGCAUGGUCCGCAACUCCGUGGGAGAGGAGUGCUACGUGGCCGAUGAGAUCAUCACUUCCCGAGCAGGUCUCCUCGUUCGCAUUGGCAACACAGAUGCCGAGGGACGAAUGUGCAUGACAGAUGCUCUCUGCCGCAUGAAGGAGAUGGCCGUCGAGCAGAGUCUGCCCGAUCCGCAUCUCUUCACGAUCGCCACACUGACGGGCCAUGCUUUUAUCUCGGCCGGCGAGGGUCAGUCGAUCGCCAUAGACAACAGUGUGGCCCACCAGGCCGAUCAUGCUCGUAAACUUCAGGCAGCUGGCCAGACCUAUGGCGAACCCUUCGAGGUCUCUGUGCUGCGUCCCAGCGACUUUGCCUUUAAUGCUGGCAAGGUCAUUGGAGAGGAUCUGGUACAGGCGAACAAUGCCCCGUCGGUGCGUACCCCACGCGGACACCAGGUGCCCGCCGCAUUUAUGAUCAUGGCGUCCGGGCUCGAUAAGCACGGCAUCAAUGCGAAGGUGCCGCUCAAGUAUACCCACAUUGAUAUUGCCGGCAGUGCCGGGGAAUAUCCAGCCAUGCCCACUGCCGCUCCUCUUGUCUCCUUGGUGAAGACUCACUUGUUAGGCUAGAUCCCGAUCCCGGCUGCAUUUUAUAUUACACAAGCCCAAGUCCCGUACUUAGACAUGUACAUGUAUCGAUCUAACCAACAAUAUUAACCCUCUGUCCACUUACAGCAUCACUAAUAACUUUUAAAUAAAUGCAAAUUUCGAGUAUAAAGAACUGAA